AUGUCGUCCUUCCAAGAUAAAGCUCAGCACCAGAUAGGUCAGCUGGACAAAGAGCUGUCCAAAUAUGAGGUGCUCAACAAUUUCGAGAAGCAAGCUGGCGUGCCCAAGGUCUACGUGAUCCUCGGCUUGGGCGGCCUGUACUUCUUCCUGGUCUUCUUCAACCUCGGUGGUGCAUUCCUCGUCAACUUCGCUGGCUUCAUCCUGCCUGGCUACUAUUCCCUUGAAGCCCUCUUCUCUGCCAGCAAGGUCGAUGAUACUCAAUGGUUGACCUAUUGGGUUGUCUAUGCAUUCCUCAACGUCUUUGAGAACUUGAUCAAUGCCGUCUACUGGUUUCCAUUCUACUACACCUUCAAGUUCAUCUUGAUCCUCUGGAUGGCCCUCCCAGUCACCAGCGGUGCACAGAUUGUCUUCCGCUCUUUCAUCCAGCCAGUCUUCUCCCGCUUCUUUUCGACCUCCGGCACAACCGCCGCUGAUCUACGAGCCAAGGCUGACGCCGCUGGCAAGAGCCAGUAG